AUUGGCCCACGCCAUCAAUUGCCGUAGCGAGGAGAACAGAUUGUUGUUCGAUCUCCACAGCAUUUUAUGCAGUAUGGAACAUUUUUGCGGGCUAUCUAAUCCCUCGACCUAGGAUUCCUGUGUGGUGGAGAUGGUACUCCUGGGCAUGCCCAGUUGCUUGGACUUUGUAUGGACUUGUCGCUUCGCAGUUUGGAGACUAUGAUCAGGACAAAAUGACAGACAGUGAUGUUACUGUACGGGAGUUUAUUAAGGAAUACUUUGGAUUCAGGCAUGACUUCUUGGGAGCAAUAGCUGCUGCAAUGAUUGGGUUUACUGUGCUAUUUGCCUUCGUGUUUGCCUUCUCAAUUAAAGUUUUGAACUUCCAACGACGAUAGUAAAAACCUAAUAUGUCUUCAGAAUUCCUGAUGCAGAUGAUUUCUGUAUAUAAUAAGUCUUUGUAGAACUUUUCUUUCUUUCUUUUUUUUCUCCUCUCUGCGAUUAAUUCAUGCUGCUAGGUAUUUAUACGCAUUUUGUUUUGGGAGUUAGGUUCUAUUUAUCUCAACUAUGCUUGAAUAUCAUUUUAUUUACGGUAAUCUUUGUUGGUGACUUGAAAACUAUCUCAUAUUUAUAUGGAAAUGAUUUCCUUUUUGUUUU